AUGCGAGCAUUUGCCAACGACUAUCGCACCUUGCUGAGAGAGUCUUCUAGCGCACCUACAGCCACGCUAACGCCAAGCUCAUCAGCCCACGCCUCUUCGCUCGCAACACGACGAUCAUUGGCGCUCUCGUUGGCCAAUCGUCGACGUUUCGACCCGUCGGAUUCGCUAUACGAAGGCGCAUCUGCUCGCCCGACGUGCUCACCAUUCGCACCAGCUCCAUCCCAUCUCGUCACAUCCAGCGGCGCAUUUGCCCCUCUCAAGCCGCAUGGCCGCUCCACUCAUCCAAUCGCCCCUUUGCCUUCCUCCACCAACACGGCCAUGCGAGCAGCCGUAGGCACCGCGCUGUCUCGUCGCGUUCAACGAACCAAGGAUCCGCUGCCUGUAUACGACGCAGCGGGCGUCGAGCGAGUCUUUCACGGCGCUCCAGCAUCGCGCGAACAUUUCAAGCCACUCGUGGAUGUGGAGAAUGCGCUCUCUGCAGCGAUCAGGUCGCUCUUGGCAGACUCGGCGCGCGAGGCUGCUUGCGCCGCUGCGCUCGCGAGUCAGGAUGAGGGUGCGAUGGAGGGGCGGCAGGAAGAGGAAGCGGUGCUGGAUAUGCAACGAGCUGGCGCAUUGAUCGCUACCAAUCCGCUCGCUGCUCAGCAAGCCAUCACCGCAUCAUCUCACGUCCUCAACUCGGCAAACGAAGAGAGACCAAAGGAGGGCGUCUUGGUGCAUACGUGGGAUUGGACGGCGCGGGACUACAAGGAUGUGGAUGCGCUGCCUGGCAAGCGCAUUCGUGGGACGUAG